AAAAACAGGAAAUUAAGACCAGUUGUAUAAACCCUUAGUGUUCAUAGCCGCCAACAAAUGGCGCAACCAUAGACUUUCUUAAAAUUUAUUUUUUAGGCACUUCCGCUGCAAUUUCAGACUGUGCAUGCAGCACUUAAUAUAACUUUCUUUUGACGUGCUGAAUACCAAAAUUGGUCCAGCCGCAUUCGCCGUAUAGAAACGUUGGAAAAUAUUUUUUAUUUAUAAAAAAACGCAAAAUUUUGUUUAGCACGUGUUCGCAGUUAAAACAGAGCAUGAAGAUCACGCGUGCACUCGAGAUUAAAACAAAAGGUCACGAAAGCCUCGGACUCGAAUCUAUAGCUGGCUUGAUAUUGACUUUAAAGAGGUCAAUCGCCAACUGGAGGUCAAAUGGCCGAAAGUAUCGUUUUUAGUGCUAACGCGCUUGAUAAUUUAAUACGACUCGGAGUGCCGUGCGCGACGGUCGGAGCAGUAGCCCUGGUCCAUCGCGUGCAGAGAAGAAAUCACGAUGAGGCGAGCCCUUCUCGUGCUCCUCAGCCUCGCGGCUUGCGCCGCACAAACGUCUCACAAUGAGAGCGACGCCUACUUUCCAGCUCCGUUGUUUGACGAAGGAGAAAACUUGAGUAGCGAGAAUUGUGGAAACGAAAAAACUCUGAACCAAGGUUUCGUUCUGGUUAAAAACAUGCGUACUAAAAGUAGUGAUAGUUGCAUUGGAUAUACAGUUAUUUCUCAAAGGACUUUUCUUGGACUAGGUGAUUGCAAGUUCAAUAAGAAUGAUACAACUGAUCUACGAGUGUUUCCGAAUAACUGUAAUGGCCGCGAAACAGAAGAGGAAUGCAUCAGAAAUUCCGUCAAAGUUCUGGAUUUAAUCGAUAUUGCCAUAAGUCCGACAGAUGAAUACAAAUUAAAGAUUUGGAUAACUGAGAAAAUGCCGAGUGUGAUUUCUCCCCUUUGCUUGUUCAACCGCGACAACGUAAUAGACUCGCAACUUCAAAGAGAAUCACCCUACUUUGAAUGGACACCACAUUGGAGUGCUCGAUCUGGCCCAACAAAUGUCACGAGUCAAAGCAACUGUAGCAGGAUUCUAAAGAGAACUGAUUUGGAAUAUUUGAAAUCAAAUAAUAUCCGCAUCCAGAAUAUCCUGUGUGUCGGAGAAAGCCACAUUCUCUAUUAUAUUCUGAUCAAUUUCUACAACGGCCGGUAUUUCUUGAGAGGUGUAAAACAUGAUUGGAACCAACAUUUUUACACUGAUAUAUUGCCAUACAUUGACGAGAUCGUAAGACACGCAAAACAUAUUUAUGCUCUUCGCCCGAUUCCCCAGACAAAACAACCCAGAGGAUUCUCCGCGCCAGACAACCUGAGUUUCCCAAACUGUGGAAGGAAACUGACGUCAACCAGAAGGAAACGCGGAAAUGACGACUCUUUCGAAGAUAUCCAACCAAUUGGUCAUAUUUUCGGUGGAAACAAAGCUCAGACUGGCAACCAUCCGUGGCACGCAUUUAUUGAGAAUGAGGUGACUGGAGCAACCUGUGGCGGGACAUUGAUUUCGCCGACAGCAGUUUUGACCGCUGCACGAUGUCUUUAUGAAUCAAAAGCAGAAGACUUCGUAGUUGCUGUUGGGAUGUACGAUAAAAGACAAAGAGGAGCUCCUGGUGCUCAGAGAAGAUUGGUUAGCAGUCUGAUCACGCACCCGAAAUACGACCCGGCGGAACACAACAGUGACGUCGGACUCAUGAUUUUGAACGAAAGAUUUCAAAUAACCGACCACGUUCGACCGAUUUGCCUGUGGAACGAGGACUCUAACUUGGCUCGCGGGGCUGGAACUGAAGCUAUGGCGGUUGGAUUUGGGCUUGCUGACAACCACACGUUGCCAGAUAAAUUGCAAGAGGCUCGAAUGCCGAUUAGAGGACACAAAGAGUGCUACCUAUCGAAAAGGAAAUUUUUUGGAAGAUAUUUGCGGCCGGGAGACAACUUUUGCGCCGGCUACACAAACGGAACGAACACCUGCAACGGGGACAGCGGAGGCAGCCUCUCCGUGGAAAAAAACGGCCGUUGGUUCAUAAGGGGAAUUGUCAGCUUUGGAAUAGCGAAGAGAGUUAUGUUCGCGGGCGAAGAAAUACCGUUGUGUCACCCAAAUCACUAUUCGAUGUUCACUGACGUCGCGAGUUACAUGGACUGGAUCGUGGAAAAUACGCCGGAAAUUUCAUUCUGAAAUUAUAUGUGUGUUUUGAAGAAAAAAGUUUCAAAAUUUCAAUAGAAAAAUGUAGUUAGACAUCAUAAUCUCUUACCAAAAAUAUUUUUUCUAUGGGUGUUUCAGAAUAAAAUUGUUUCUUGAAAGUGUUCA